AUGCCCGUGACAGGGGCUGAGGUCGCAAGCGGAGUGGCACAGUCCAUGCCCGUGACAGGGGCCAAGGUCGCAGGCGGAGUGGCGCAGUCCGAGCCCGUGACAGGGGCUGAGGUCGGAGGCGGAGUGGCACCAUCCGAGCCCGUGGCAAGAGCUGAGGUCGGAGGCGGAGUGGCACAGUCAGAGCCCGUGACAGGGGCUGCAGUCGGAGGCGGAGUGGCACAGUCAGAGCCCGCGGCAAUGGACAUCGGGAUGCGGUCCGCAGUCCUCGGCCAGAUCGGCAUCGUCGAGGCGAACCCGAGCGCCUUCGGCAUGGCGCCUGCGGACCUGGCCUCGAUCGGCGUGCAGCCGAUGAACCCGAGCCAGGUCGGGCUGCAGCAGGUCGCCGUCCCGCCGCCGCCGUUCAUGCGCAAUGGCGACACCUUCGGAGCGGAGUCAUUGGCUCGGAGCCUCCCGCAGGACCCGUCAUCAGCGGAGCAGGGCGGCAACCUCCUGGGGCUAUUCGGCAUCCAGCACCUGAGCAUGAAGCUCACCGAGCUCGCGAAGGAGGCUGCCCAGCUCGCGCCCAGCGCUCCCGCCGCGGGUGCAGGUGGCAGCUCGGAGCCGACGUCCAAGGAGGAGAAGACCGUGGAGGAUGCGUACAAGGCUCGCAGCGUCCCCACCCGCUCAGCCAUCGACAGCAAGUUCAGGCGCUUCCUCGCCGAGGAGCCGAAUGAGGCGGCCAAGUACAAGAAGUGCGUCGGUCGCGACGCGAAAGAGGCUUUCAGGCUGGACUGGGUGGACAAGGAGUGGGCGAAGGUGCAGACCAGGAGGAUCGAUUGGCAUCUCAGAUCGUGCACCACUCACCUCGGCCAUAGCAUCGAAUGUCCUCUGUCGGACGCUCGACGCCAUGGUCGAAGUGAGCGGGUCACAAUCCCAGAUGACCCCAGGAGCCACGUGAAGGAGCAGUCCGAGAGCAUCGAGGACUGGGGGGAGUACAGAGCGUUCGAGGUCAUUGCCAAAGAGGAGAGCGGGGUCGGCAUCACGGAGUCAGGGGCGACAGCGGCGCUCAACAUCUGCUUGGCCUGCAUGAAGAUGGGGACGCCUUUCGUGAGGUUCGACUCCUGGUCCCGCAGGAUGCAGUUCUUGCACGUGAAGGGCCAGCACCGCUGGAGGUGGGAGCGCAAGUGGCAGGAGCACCAGGAGGAGCACGGUGACCAGGGCGACCUCUUGGAGCAGUUCGCGGGCGUGGUGGCGGGCAGCGAGGGCGAGGCGUCAACGAAGCGCCGCCGCCUCACGGGCAAGACGUCCGACACGGUGGCGGCGGCGCCCAGUGCGACGGCCGCCGCCGCCGAGCCCGCAGCCAGUGCGGCAGGCACCCCCGCCAGCCAGGCGGCGGCAGCACCAGUGCCCGCGGCCAGCGCUCCCCCAGCAGCGGCUGCAGGCGCCUCUCCAGCUGACGCGGGCCAGCCGUCGAUGCCGAAGGCUGGCGCGGCCCAGGAGGCGCCCUCGGCCAAGGCCAAGGCGGCCGCGCCGAAGGCCAAGGCGGGCGCGCCGAAGGCUAAAGCGAAAGCUGCGGCCAAGGCCGCCGCCAGCAGCAGCGGCGGAGGUGGCGGAGGAGACGGAGCCGACGACAGAGCUGCUGCCAAGGAGGCUGCAAAGGAGCUGGCCAAGGAGAAGAAGAAGCUGGAGAGCGAGGCGCAGGCGCAGAUCACGGCGUACAGCUCGGCCAGCACGCAGUCGACGCUGCUCCUGAGCAGUAUCGCGACGGAGUCGGACUGGCAAUGGGCCAACAACGAGAUCAACACGAAGAAGCUGAGGGCGGCCUUAAGUGAGCUCAACGGCCUGACGAAAGCUGGCACCUUCCUGUCGCAGAUGCUCUUCUUGCCGUUCAAUGAGGUGAAGCACGACUGGGGCGAGGAGUACUUCUACAAGCACGUCGGCCCCAUGACCCAGGCGAUCCGCCCGAAAGUCGCGAAGGUGAUGGCGGAGAUGGGCCGCCUGCACAGCAUGCACGCGUCGUUCAAGGCAGCCGAGAAUGCCAUGGGGGAUGACGAUCAUUAG